GGUCUAUUUAGCGGAGUACUCAUUUCAUCUGUGACUACAAAAGCAGCGAGAGAAAGAGAGUGCGAUCCAGAAAGAGAGUGAGAGCAGCAGAAAAUGGCUUCAAACGCAGCGGCGCCGUUUUGGAGGUCGGCGGGGAUGACGUACAUAACAUACUCAAACCUAUGUGCGAACCUGGUUAGGAACUGCCUUAAGGAGCCUUACAAGUCCGAAGCCCUGACCCGUGAGAAGGUCCACUACUCCGUCUCCAAAUGGGUCGAUGGCAAGCCUCAGAAACCCACCAUCCGCUCAGAUUCUCCUGAAGAAUGAGACCAACUGAACAAGGUUGGAUAUCAGGCUUUAUUUCUUCUCUCAAAUGAAUUUUGUACUUUCCUGGCAUUACAUACGGUGCUCGUGUGCUGGGGCUUGCAUAAAAACAUUUAUAUGCUAAUAAUAUAGCCGAUAGACCUUGACUUAUACCUGUUGGAUGGAAUUGUGAUAAUGUUUAUUUCUAGAACCUGCUUCUGUUGUCAAGAGACUUAUUUCCUUUUUUCUAA